AUGGAAACCUUAACAGGUUCCGCUGGAAGUCCAAACAGCAAGCUUCUUGGUUCGAAGCGGCACGUGUUCCGCAGCGAACGGGCUGAGCAGGCCGAGAUUGCCCGCAAUGAGACGGAGCGUAGAAACGCUUUGGAUCGUGCAUUAGAUCAUCUAACCGCCGGCAUACCAGGACAACAGAGAACGCAGCCAACUCGCGCUCAGCUAAUUGCUAUGGGGAAUGAUGGUGAGGCUCUAUAUUCCGCCAUUACCAAUGCCCUGGACCCUGCUGAAGUGGAAAUGGAUCUCACAGAUACACAGCGUGAGUCGAUUCGCCACUACAAAGAGGCUGCUUUGCAGCUUGCACUCUCUGAAGCUGCACCCAACAGGACAGUAACUCGGCUAUUACGUGUCCGUGUUUCCGGACUGCAUCCUAUGGAUGUUGCUCUCAACUAUG